AUGCAUGUCAACAAGGCGCCAAUCGUUGAGUUUGUCUUUAACACAGGCAUCGCACAGCGUGAAGGCUCCGUGAGACAUCGCAAGGCACGAAUGAGGAGGGCCUUAGCUAGAGUGGCCAGUGCUGCUCAGUGCACUAGUGCUGUUAGGCUGCGCACUGCCUGCGAGGCUGAGACGGGGUUGGUCGGUCCCAUUUUGCUUUAUCACGUACCAAACCCUCGCGCUGGUCCAGUCCAGGCUCAUAUAGCUUAUGGCUCUCUUCUCGGCGUGGGUGCCGCUCUUGUCCAAGUCGUCAUCUUUAAGGGCACCAGCGAGCGGUAUUUGGCUUCUGACAUAUUAUAA